AGUGGAUGGACUGUUCUCAUCGCUGCGUCGUACAAUGGUCAAACUGAAGUUGCCAGCCUGCUUAUCGACUACAAAGUUGAUGUGGAGUCCAAAGACGAUGGGGAUUGGACAGCGCUUCAUGUGGCUGCAAGAAAGAAUCAUCGCGAAACUGCUCAGCUUCUGCUCGAGAGGGGAGCCGACAUAAAGGCUGUAACUCUGGAUAACCAAAGCACAGCGCUGCACCUGGCCGCUGAAAAGGGCCACAAGAAGACGAUGGGCCUUCUUUUGAGGAAGGGGGCAGACCACACGAGUCAAGACGCU